AAGGAGUGUGUGUCUUGCAUGUCUUCACUGGUAAUGUCUUUCUCUUUUUUCAAACUCACUCCACUCAUUCUGAGUGUUAAGGCUCUUUAGUACGGGUUAAUAGAGCAAAGAGAGAGAGAGAGAUGGAGAGAGACCCCCAUGUUGCUGUGAUUUGACUAAACAAACAGCCAUUCUCCAAGCAGUACCUCCUCCCAACGGACUCCUGGGACAGCAGAGAUUAACCUCAGACUGAACAUCUGAGAGAGCUGGACAUUUGAAGCAGCACACCCUGAAGGGGCAACAGCUGGAGAACUCGUCUCUGGUUUUCCUUCGCCGGCCGACAGUUUUCCCCUAUUUAGAGAGGGGUCAGAGAGGGAAGACUCAUCUGUGUCUGGAGGAGCGUUCUGAAGAAUUGUGGGGUCACGAGGCAGCCGCGAUGAGGAGGCUGGUAGCAUCUGUGCUCCACCUGAUGGUCGUUUAUACAGCUUUAGUGCCUUUCUGUUGUAAAGUGCACAGCCUGGAGAUCUUCCCCAAUGCAGAAGAGUUCAUCCUGAUUCAAGGCUCGUCUCUCAACCUAACCUGCUCUGGCUCCUUGAGUGCAACUUGGGAGUUUAAGAGGGAUGAUACACCAAACAUCCUUGAUGAUCUAGAUGAACAUGGAAAUCCAAGAUACAUAUUAUUUCAAACCGAUCCCACAUCGGUUUCCCUGACCCUGAAUAGAGUGAGUUGGAGGCAUACUGGCGUCUAUCAGUGCAUUGACAGGCUCACGGAUGAGAUGGCUGAAGUGACAGUUUUUGUCCCAGAUCCGGAGUUUUGGUUUGUGGUGAGGCCCCAUGGCAUGGUGGCGAAAACCAGUGAAGAAAGCAUCGUCCCUUGUGUGGCCACCAACCCAAACAUCACUGUGAGUCUGUACGAGAUGGACACCCACAAGUUCAUAACAGGGCGCUAUAUACCUGGCGAGGGGUACAGGGCGCAUCUGGAGGACAGAACAUAUGUGUGUCAUGGACAGCUGAAUGGAAAGCUGAGAGAAUCUCAGUCUUUUGACGUGUUCAGCAUUACAGUGCCUAAUGGGGUCGACCCUUACAUCAACACUUCAAAGACGGUCCUGAAGCAGGGCGAGCCGUUGACUAUAAACUGCACUGUGCAUGGAGUGGACCUUGUGUCUUUUUACUGGAAUGUUCCAGACACAGUGGCUGACAAGGUUGAUCAAGAGACAGACUACUCCUCCCUGAAGGGCAUGCAGUCCAGACUGACCUUCCCUGAUACUACUGUGGACCAUAGCGGAAACUACGAGUGUGAAGUUGUGGAAUCGACGCAGGGCUUCACGGGGUCUUCCACCGUCACCAUCACUGUGCUCGAGAAUGGCUUUGUGGAGUUGAAGCCUGCCCGGCAGCAAAACAUUUCAGCCAAGCUUCAGGACAAUGUGGAACUAAGAGUGGACAUCACAGCCUACCCUCCCCCUAAGAUUCGCUGGACCAAAGAUGGGACCACCAUCAAGGAAGAAAAAGCUAUCGUCUUUAGACAGGAGCAUGAAAUAAGGUAUGUGACCAUUCUCACCAUGGUGAGGGUGAGGGCCGAGCAGAAAGGCCUCUACACGGCCAUCAUAUUCAAUGGAGACGACACAAAGGAGGUUGUGUUUGACCUGGAAGUCCAAGUUCCUGCUCGGAUUAAAGAGCUGACCGACCACCAUCUCCCAGGGUUGAAAGACGUGGUGACCUGCACCGCUGAGGGCUAUCCGACCCCGACCAUUUACUGGUACAGCUGUGACAGCAUGCUCAAGUGCAACGAAACAGCUGAAUUGCAUCCUCUGAAGCCGCAGCCGGAGGAGCUGAGCAUCCAAACCAAUGUCAGCUAUAUCAAGGCCCGGGAAGUCAGCCGCGUAAGCAGCCAGGUGAUUUUCCACAAGCCCCAGCAGGUCACAGUUCGCUGUGAGGUACUCAACCAAGCCGGAGAUGACGGAAGGAACAUCAAACUGGUGCACAGCACCUGGUUCUCCCAGGUGGCAGUACUGGCUGCUGUCCUGGCCUUAGUGGUCAUUUUCAUGUUGUCUAUCAUCAUCCUCAUUGCUGUAUGGAGGAAGAAACCUCGCUAUGAGAUCAGAUGGAAGGUCAUAGAAUCCGUUAGCCAGGAUGGACAUGAGUAUAUUUAUGUGGAUCCCAUCCACCUGCCCUAUGACCUGGCCUGGGAGAUGCCCAGAGAAAACCUGGUGUUGGGUCGCACUCUUGGAUCAGGGGCUUUUGGCAGGGUGGUCGAGGCAACUGCGUACGGUCUCACACAUUCCCACUCCAGCACAAAGGUGGCGGUGAAAAUGCUCAAAUCCUCAGCCAGGAGGAGUGAGACGCAGGCGCUGAUGUCUGAGCUGAAGAUCAUGAGUCACCUUGGGCCUCAUCUCAACAUAGUCAACCUGCUCGGAGCGUGCACCAAACACGGUCCUCUUUACCUGGUUACGGAGUACUGUCGUUAUGGUGACCUAGUGGACUACCUGCAUAGGAACAAGCACACCUUCCUCCAUUACUAUGCUGAGAAAAACCAGGACAGCGGCUGCAUCAUCUCCAGAGGAAGCACUCCUCUCAGCCAGAGAAAAGGUUAUGUGUCCUUUGGAAGCGAAAGCGAUGGCGGGUACAUGGACAUGAGCAAAGACGAGCCUUCAAUCUACGUGCCAAUGCAGGAGCAACUGGACACCAUCAAGUAUGCAGACAUUCAGCCAUCUCCGUACGAAUCCCCCUAUCAGCAAGACCUCUACCAGGAACAAGGUGGAGGCAGACUAGAUCUGGUGAUUAGCGACUCCCCCAACCUCACCUACGAUGACCUGCUGGGCUUCAGCUACCAGGUGGCAAAAGGAAUGGACUUCCUGGCUUCAAAGAAUUGUGUCCAUCGUGACCUGGCUGCCAGGAAUGUAUUAAUCUGUGAAGGCAAGCUGGUGAAGAUCUGCGACUUUGGCCUGGCCAGAGACAUCAUGCAUGAUUCCAACUACAUCUCUAAAGGCAGCACAUUCCUGCCCCUGAAGUGGAUGGCACCGGAAAGUAUUUUCCACAAUUUAUACACCACCCUGAGCGAUGUUUGGUCAUAUGGCAUCCUUCUUUGGGAAAUUUUCACUCUUGGAGGAACCCCUUACCCUGACUUGCCCAUGAAUGAAAUCUUCUACAGUGCUUUGAAGCGAGGCUACAGGAUGGGCAAGCCUGCCCACGCCUCUGAUGAAGUGUAUGAGAUCAUGAAGAAGUGCUGGGAUGAGAAAUUUGAGAAGAGGCCUGAGUUCUCACUGCUGGUGCACAAUGUCGGAAACAUGCUGAUGGACAGCUACAAAAAGAGAUACAACCAAGUGAAUGAAAACUUCCUGAAGAGUGACCACCCUGCAGUGGCUCGCACCAAACCUCGACUCUCCUCGCCCUUUCCAGUCACCAACCAUGCCUUCAGAUCUCCCUCUCCCGUUACCUAUCCCCUCUCGGGAGAACACAACCAGAGCCCGAGGCCUGGAGACGGCUGGCGAGAGGCAGACGGACAGGAAGCCAUACCCUCGUACAACGAGUACAUCAUUCCGCUCCCUGACUUAAAGCCUGAGGAAGUUUUCACUGAAGUGGCGUCGGAGAGCCCAGUGAGCUCUUUGGUUCUGGAAGAAGAAGCCGACUCCACGUCUCAGGACACGGCUGAAACACUUCCAGAGGAGGACAGGGUGGAGGACACCAGUGAGAGAGACGCUCUGCUGGGCUCCAAUGGGACGCCUGAGGUAGAAGACAGUUUCCUGUAGCUCCUGAUUGGAACACCGAGGAAAACAGAGCCUCUUUCUGUAGGCUGAGAAGAAACCCGACUAAAACUGAAAUGUAGCAAAGAGACUGACUGAGAAGUAAUCUCUGUAGAUUCACUGAGCUCUCAAAAAGUGAUUCCUCAUUUGAGAACUUUUCCAUUCUCUAUACAGUCAUAACAAAUAUGGUACAAUCUUUCUCUCUGUUUUGGAGGUUUGCCAGACAAUGAAUGAAGUCACAUUCCUACACAAUCAGUUUAACCAAAGUAGUGAUGGUGUUUACUGUAGCUCCCAGCUCUGUCAGAUAGCUAAAAGGCCUUAGGAAGAUCAGAAUGUGUUUUAUUAUCACCGUAACUUGUCUCUUUGACUAUGUUUGAGGAUAUAUGUAAUUUUUAAGAAGCAUUUUUUAGGUUUCCCAUAGAAAACUGAUGAACGACAAUGUCAAAGAAAGACAACCUGUCUAAAACAGAGCAAUGUCUCUCAGCAGUGAUUAACACUAAUUCUAAAAUAUGAUCAGAUAUAGACAGGUUUUUAUCAAAUAACACUUUUAUCUGUAUCCUUUUUCUUAUAUUAGGUAAUAUCAGGAGCCUUAUUCAUUUUGUUUGUAAAGUUUAAUUCAUAGGAUGUGAAAUGCAGAAACCUUGGUGCACUGUAUGAAAGUGAAAUCUGUUUUUUGUCCUUUUACUUUGGUAUUUAGUGUAUUUUUAUGCCUGAGAUUUUAUCUUUACCUGAGAUUUCUUUGUCAUUUUUUUGGCUCAUUUUAUAGUUUUGUAACAGAUUUGCACUUUAUUUAGAGAAAAUUAGGAUAUUUGUAUCAACGAUAUAAAAUGACUCUGUGAAUGUUAGAAAGAGCCACUACAGCAUAAUCUGGGAUUAUUAGAUUGAUCUAAAUCCAAUCUGAUAUCAGUAAAAACAGGGAAACACUCCAGCAGCAUUUCACUGCCUUAGCACAAGGUGGCACACAUGAGAGUCAUUGUACUGACUUUUUAGUUAUAGCUUUCAUAGAGGGUUGCUUUAAUGUAUGGUGGAUAUAGUGUAUUAUAUUCUUAAAAUACCAGAUUAAUAAAGAACUUUAGAGCUUUUUUCAGCUUAUUAUUGAAAAAUAUCCAUUAUUCAACUAGAAAACAAGAGGAAAAGGAAAUAAAAGAAUAAAAGACUUAAUGAUCUGGUUGCAUAAACUUAAGCACAUUUAAACUCUGGAGACAUGUUUAUUUGUUUUCAAUUUGAGCCGUCCAGCUUCAGGGAUUCAUCCCGGCCAUUUUUCAUAGAGUUGAGCUCUCCCAGUGCAGUUUGCGAGUUUGCAUGCUUUAAUUUAGAGAAAGGAUACAAACAAUUAAAUUUAUCUCUUUAUAAAAAGUCAUUUCAGGAGAAAUCUAGGAGAUAUCCUAUAAUUAGAAUAAAAGGCACAGAGACUGGUCAUGGAGGCAAACAAGAGAGAAGAACAUGUAUUUCAAGUAAGCACUGGUUGCUUUUAACAUGUGAAAACUCUGCUGUAUUCUCUAUAUGUCUCCAUAUAAUGACUUUGAAGUAGUUUGAGAUAAGGCCUUUUUUACUUCAAAAUGAAAACACAUUAACCUGACUAGAAUUUCCCAAAGCCUUGCUCUAGAUUUACUGAUGGCUUCUUGAAACCCAACCUAACCUUCUGGUCACAAUUACAUAAAGUAAGUGUCUUUUCACAAAAGAAAACAAACAAGCAAGAAAAUUGAUGAACAUCAUGCACACUAUAAAACAUAGUGGUGGCAGCAUUAUGUGCUGCGAUUACAUUUCUUGAAGCAAAGUUUUUCAGUUCAAAUAUAACAUCUUAAAAAGUUCUAAACAGAGAUUUUAUUUCCCAUCAUAAAUCCUUGCUAGAUGGUAAUAAAAAAAUAGAAAAAUGCAGAGAGACUUUAAAAAUAAAAACUACAAAUUAAGGAUGUGUGACGAUGACUAACAAAGAAGACUCCAUACUGGCAUAAAAUCAGAAGAUACUCAAAGUAAUGCAACACCUAUGCAACCAGGUUCUUAGGGGUCUUUUAUUUUUAUUUUCAUUUUUUUUUUUGUGCUUCUUUGUGGAUUAUACAGAAGGUGGAAAAAGGGAUAAAAUAUUUUUUCAUGCCCUAUUUUUUUGUGUGUGUCAUAAAAGGAUGGCAUUUAUACACUGGUGAGUAGAAACCAUUAGAUGACAAACCAAUGUGCACAUGUAAACCAAGUGUAUCUUGUUGCUUUGUGUCACUUUUCUUUUAUAGUUUUAUAACUCUGUACUUUACAUGGCCUUUAAAAAGAACACCUCCUUAUUUCCUGACAGUGCAAAAGGCACACAAUCACUCUGCCACAAGCUAUAUGGUACCAAAGCUCUUGUUAACUUUUAUAAAUGUAUUUUUAUAUGUGUUGUUUUUUUAUGCUGUAAAUGUGUCAAUAAAUCAGUAAUAGCACAAUA